AUGUCUAAACGUUUUACUCCUUUCUCCAAAUUACCUUCAUUCUGUUCAAAGAUGUCUUCAGACGAUACGUUUAAAAACAGAAGUCAAAACAUUCUCCCAUAUGUGGAUGGGGUUUUCAUUGAGCCAGAAGUGAAAGAGAGCAUAGACAAAAUACAAGUUGGUUCACUGGAUCUCUCUGUAUUCAGCUGUCAGUCGAUGAACCCAGAAGCUAUCAAGCUUGCAAAAAGUCUUGAGUAUGAUUUGAAGUCUUUGGAAAGUUUCCUAAAAAGGCUUGUAAGUUCUCUUGAAGUUAACAUGUCUCUGUUGCUUGAAUCCAUCUUUGCUUCAUUUGAAUUCAAGUCCAUUGACUUCUUUGGUGAAGUAAUUCGAGAAGUUAUUAAGAAAAUGAAAGAGUUUAUUCAUUUCCCCUUUAUGGAUGAAGACUACUUUUAUUAUCCCGACCACGUAAUUGAAAAAGACGAUUGUGAUUUUAUCUUCCAUUUUACAUUUAUACUUCGUUAUUUAUGCUGUCCUGCAUAUCGGGGAAAGUUUCAUGGUUUAGUUGUUACGUGCAAGUCGUUACGGCUAAUGUUUCCAUUGGCUAUAUUAACUCGUAUUAUUCAUGAAUCUGUUCCUCCAAACAAACUAUUUAGUUUUCUACCUAUCUUUUGCAAAAGCACUGAAAGUUACUGUAAUGGUCGGAACAUAGCAAUGAUUUACCAAUCAUCGGACAUAGACUCAGCUGCUAGGUACUGUGUAUCAUCAUUAAAAAGUGCUCUGGGUACUGGAAUAGGCCACUCACCCGUCAUUUUAGUCGAGGAAUCUAUCUACAAACGUUUUAUUGGUCGUAUGGAAGGCCUUAUUAAUCUAAACACAUCUGCAGAAGAAUUGGACAGUGACGAAAAAUCAGAAUAUCCACCAUUCUGUACUAAUUAUAUUAAUGAAGUAGUAUCUUAUGCAGACUCUGUCGGUGCGAAAAUUCUUCGUCAUAAUCAAAAAAUACCACACUCCCCAAUAAUUGUUUAUGAUAUUACUCCACCAUCUGUCAAAGUUAAUAGAAGGAGCGGUCCAGUCGCCUAUGUUCUAUGCUUCCGUACUGUUAAAGAAAGUGUGUCUUUACUGACAUAUUUUAUCGACCAUCUCAAUAAUCAUAAACCCAAUAAAGUUAAUCCGACGAGCUAUGAAUUCGCGAUCAAUAUAUGGCAAACAGAUUCAAAUAUCAUAUGGCAACUUUUCCAGAUGUUACUACUGUCGGGUGUAGACAACGUUUUUGUAAAUGCUUCUAAUCGCCAACUAGCUGCGACAAUGUACACAAGGCUUUUUGA